CGCUGGCUGCUUAGAGGAAUUGAGUUGGGAGCUCGUGCCGUCGUGUGGCGUGUUUUUAAGGAGUAGGCUAUGUAUGACAUUUAAGAAGAAUUUAUAGGCUAAUAACAACAACCGCUACAAUUAUCGAUCUGUGCUACAGUUUGUAAAGAUGGAUGAACCGACAGAAUAAAAAAAAGGAUGGGCAGAGGUCGCCAGUUGUCAACAUGGACGAACAACGUUGGACUCAGUUUUCUGAUUUUUGAGCUCCUGGUCCUGCAGUCCCAUGCUGUAUGGGGGGUGGAUACCGCUGCAGGGCCUUGGCCAAGCCCGUCCCCAGCCAAGUCCACCACCAGCAGCCGCCAUGACAAAUGUCAGCUAGAUCAUCAGUAUCCACACUCCAGCAAUAAGUUCUGCUGUAACAAGUGUAUUCCAGGUUUCGUACAGCACAAGGAGUGUUCUGGUGAAGGCAGAACUACCGAAUGCAAACCGUGUAGAAAUGGCACAUACAUGGAUGUAGCUAACUACUAUGCCAAUUGUUUCAGAUGCCGCAAAUGUAAAGUAACUGAAGUGGAGAUCACCAAAUGUAACUACAAGACCAACACAGUUUGUCAAUGCAAGCCAGGCUACUACAAGAAGAAUAUUAUUCCCGAACUGGACCAUGAAUGCCGGAGGUGCAAGAAAUGUGGGGAUGGAGAGAUAGAAACAAGCCCAUGUACACCAGAGCAAGACAGAAAAUGUGAAUGUAAAUAUCUCCAUUAUCGUGAGAAAAUUGAUGACACAUUCUGCAAAUUGUGUUCCGAUAGUGAGGAUGAUUGCCCUGGUGUUCUGGUAAAACCGAGUACAGAUCCUGGUCCUGGCAAUCCAGAGUUGCCUAUGCUGGUGACAGUUCCAUUGACCAUCAUAGCAACUGUUCUGCUAACAGCUCUAGUUAUGUUGAGCUACAAGGCCAUCAAACGCAGAGUGAAGCAGGAGAAACGAUCUCCAGCUACAUCAGAACCUCCUGACUCCCCUUCUGUGUCACUCACUUCCUCUGAGCCUCUCCUCACAGUAACCAGCUCAGUGGCCACCAUUAAGAAUGACCACAAUGAGGGUAUUCCCUUCCCAUGUCAAGCGUCCAGUGAAACACAGAAUGCAUUACCUGACUGUGUACCACGAGAGAUUAAAACCGGCAAAUUCAUCUACUCAGUUCUGGACUUGGUGCCUGUGUCGCGGGUCACGGAGCUGGUCCGCCUGCUUGGCGUGAAAGACCAGGACAUCGAGAGGGCGAGGCGGGACAACCCUUUGUCCUGCCACGAGGCCCAGUACCACAUGCUGAAGCGCUGGGCCGACAGCGGGACGCGAGGUCACACCGCCACACUUGCCUGGCCACUACUGCUGCAGCUGCUGGCUACGCUGAGAGACAUGGGACUUGGAGGCUGUGCCGAGAGCCUGGAGAUUGAAUAUGGCCUAAACCAAGCAUGUUUGAAUAUGGCCUAAACCAAGCACACACACACACACACACACACACACACACACACACACACACACACAGACAAAAUAGUAGCACACACACUCAAGUGUCAUGGGCAUUCAAACUAGAUUUUUUACACACUGUGACACAUGGGACUCAGAGACUGCGGACGAAAUCCGAAGAUCAAAUAUAACCUAGAAUAAGCAUGAACGAACACACACACACACUCUCACACAUGCACGCACGCACGCACACACACACACGCACACACACACACACACACACACACACACACACACACACAAAAUACAGGUAUACACAGCAUUGUGACGGAGCACAUUCAAACUUAACUUUUCACACACUGAGAGACAGGGUUACUCAGAGGGUGUGGACAAAGACUGUGAUACCAAUUAGAGGAACACCAAGCCUCAAUGGACCCACAAGCUGUAUUGCAUGGAAUGCUGAUUUAUAGGGCCAAGCAGGAGUGUUGCUGGGGGGUGUUAGGACAAUUCUAAGGGGCCAGCACUUAGAGGGAAUUAUUGUCAUAGAGUCCACCUUUUCUAGCAGCGCCCCUGGGACCAAGUCUUUUCAGGGAACAUGUAGUAGACUUCACUGAAUGGCAUGUAGAGAGGGCAUGCCAUUUUAAUGUGUAUGUGUGUGUGUGUGUGUGUGCUAAGAUGAUUAUUGGUCUAUUUGUCCUAGUUGUCGGACAAUAAUACAACACAGACAAUAAUGGAUAGGCACUGUUCCCAGAUCAGUUCCAUCCACACAACGCAGCAAUACUUUGAGUAGAUGGUCCUUGUAAAUCUUCAUUUAUAAGAACUCUGGCAUUAAUAGAUACUUAAGCCUGGUGUUUAAGUGCAAUGUGAAAUGCUAUUUGUAUGAUGCUAUCUCUUUUUUAUCAUGAUAGAUUCACAUGAAAAAAGAGGCAUAUCCAAUCUAAAUCAUCAUUCUUUACUUACAGAAACAGUCAGUGCUUUGUAGUGGUGAUAAUUGUCUGAAGGCAGUUCCAAAUACACCCCUUAAAUAUUUCACCUGUCCUGUACUAGUGAAUGAAUAAGCACAACAACACUAAUGUCUGUGUUCUGAUUUCUGUCACAUGCACUGCAUUUAAUAUGAUUCUUUUUAUAUAGUGUAUCUUGUGGCCUUAAGUAUAAAAAUCAGUUGGCAUACAAAUAAGAAUGAAUGUAACAUGCCAUUUUUUAUCAGUAAAGGGACAGGAUGAUCAAUCAACCAGCUUGUUAAACAACUUUUUCUGCACUUUUGACUUACAGAGCGGAAGGGGAGGUGCUAGGUUCAUUUGCCAAAUGUUUGUUAUUCAUGUGGCGGAGAAAAAAUAUUAAGCAUUAUCACAUCUGUCAUCUGUUUCUGUUACUGAUGAGGAGUCUGGUUAAGCACAGACACUGCUGUUAUUUUGUUAUGGAAUGCUUGUAAAUAUAUUAAAAUGGUGCAGAUGCUGUGAGAGUAUGAGUACAAAUCCCAAACAGACCGAAUAGAGCUAUUAAGCUGAAUUGAGGCAGGACGGAAUUUGGGAUAUACGCAAUAUAUGUUUAUGAAUUUUUCAGCCAGAAGUCAGACUGAACUAUUGUGGAGAUGGCUUGGUUUAAAAAUGUAAUGAAAUGUGCUGGUUGAAAUUAUAUAUAUAUUUUUACAAAUCUUGUGAUCUGUUAUGAAGCAGGAUAGAAUUUGUGACCAUUAUGAUUUGUCAUAAUAUGAAAUGCCCCUCAGAUCAGUAAAUAAAAUAUGCAAAUACAAAUAUACACACUUGUACAGAUUAGAGGUUUUAUAGCACUAUACUGUUUUACCAUAUUGAAAUUCUUACAUGCUCCUAUUUAUUCAAAUGUCCACUUCACAGAAUUAAACUACAUUGUUUAAAUUGU